AUGCAACCCCUCAAAGCGCAGGCCGCCGAGGCCGCGCCGCAGCACGAAUACGGCAUUGAAACGCUGGCGGUUCACGCCGGCGCGCGGCCCGACCCGGUCACCGGCGCGCGGUCCACGCCCAUCUACCAGACCACGUCCUAUGCCUUCGACGAUGCCGACCACGCGGCCGAGCUCUUCAAUCUACAGGCCUUCGGCUACAUCUAUUCGCGCAUCACCAACCCCACCGUCGCCGUGCUCGAGGAGCGGGUCGCGGCGCUGGAGAACGGGCGCGGCGCCGUCGCGGCAUCGACCGGCCAUGCGGCGCAGUUCCUGGUGGGCGCGACGCUGCUGGAGAGCGGCGACGAGUUCAUCUCGUCCAACAAUCUCUAUGGCGGCUCGAUCACUCAGUUCGGCGUGAGCUUCAAGAAGCUCGGCUGGACCUGCCAUUUCGUCGACAUGACGGAGCCCGAAAAUAUCGAACGGGCGAUGACCGACAAGGUCAAGUUCCUCUUCUGCGAGGGACUGGCCAACCCCGGCGGCAUCGUGCUCGAUCUCGAAGCGAUCGCAGAGGUCGCAAAACGCCACGGCGUGCCGCUCAUCGUCGACAACACGCUCGCCUCGCCCUAUCUCUGCCGGCCCUUCGAGCACGGCGCCGAUCUCGUGGUUCACUCGACCACGAAGUUCAUCGGCGGCCACGGCAACACUAUGGGCGGCAUGGUCGUCGAAUCGGGCCGCUUCGAUUGGUGGCAGAACGACAAGUUCCCGAGCAUGACGAAGCCGGACCCGGCCUAUCACGGCCUGACCUUCGCCGAGACCUUCGGCGAUUUCGGCUUCACCAUGAAGGUGCGCGCCGUGGCGCUCAGGGAUUACGGCCCCUGCAUGGCCGCACAGGCGGCCUGGAACCUGCUCCAGGGGGUGGAGACGCUGCCGCUCCGCAUGGAGCGCCAUUGCUCGAACGCGCUCGCGGUCGCCCGCUAUCUGGAGGACCACCCCAAGGUCUCUUGGGCCUCCUAUGCCGGGCUCGAAUCGAACCCCUAUUACGCGCUUGCCCAGAAGUAUCUGCCGCGCGGCGCCGGCGCGGUCUUCACCUUCGGCGUCAAGGGCGGCUACGAAGCGGGCCUCAAGGUGGUCGAUGCGGUGAACAUGUUCUCGCAUCUCGCCAAUAUCGGCGACACGCGGAGCCUCAUCAUCCACCCGGCGUCCACCACGCACCGCCAGCUCACCGACGAGCAGAAGACCAAGUCCGGUGCCGGGCCGGACGUGGUGCGUCUCUCCGUCGGUAUCGAGAGUAUCGCCGACAUCAUCGCCGACCUCGAUCAGGCCCUCGAUCAGGCCUGA